CCCCGGCUUCCUCCCCGGCGUCGCCGCCGCCGCCCCGCGCAGCCCCGCCCCGGCCGCGAUCCGCCAGCGGGGCCGCGGGGUCCGCCCGCGCCGGCCCGCGCCGCAUCCCGGGACCAUGAGCUUCUUCGGGUUCGGGCAGAGCCCGGAGCUGGAGCUGGUGCUGAGCGACGCCGAGAGCCGGCGGCGGGUGGAGCACAAGACGGAGGAAGGCAAGAAGGAGAAAUAUUUCCUCUUCUAUGACGGCGAGACCGUGUCGGGCAGGGUGGUCCUCACCCUCAAGAACCCCAACAAGCGGCUGGAGCACCAGGGCAUCAAAGUGGAGUUCAUCGGGCAGAUCGAGCUCUACUAUGACCGAGGGAACCACCACGAGUUCGUAUCCCUGGUGAAGGACCUGGCCCGGCCUGGGGAAUUCACUCAAUCACAAACAUUUGACUUUGAGUUCACACACGUGGAGAAACCUUACGAGUCCUACACGGGGCAGAAUGUGAAGCUAAGGUAUUUCCUCCGUGCCACCGUGAGCCGCCGGCUGAACGAUGUGGUCAAGGAGAUGGACAUCGUUGUGCACACACUGAGCACCUACCCCGAGCUCAACUCCUCCAUCAAGAUGGAAGUGGGCAUUGAGGACUGCCUGCACAUCGAGUUCGAGUACAACAAGUCCAAGUACCAUUUAAAAGAUGUGAUUGUGGGGAAGAUCUACUUCCUGCUGGUGCGGAUCAAGAUCAAGCACAUGGAGAUAGACAUCAUCAAGAGGGAGACAACGGGCACGGGGCCCAACGUGUACCACGAGAACGACACCAUAGCCAAGUACGAGAUCAUGGAUGGGGCACCUGUGAGAGGGGAGUCCAUUCCCAUCAGGCUCUUUCUGGCUGGCUAUGAGCUGACUCCAACCAUGAGGGACAUCAACAAGAAGUUCUCUGUGCGUUAUUACCUCAACCUGGUGCUGAUUGAUGAGGAGGAGAGGCGCUACUUCAAACAGCAGGAGGUGGUGCUGUGGAGGAAAGGGGACAUCGUGAGGAAGAGCAUGUCCCACCAGGCGGCCAUCGCGUCGCAGCGCUUCGAGGGCAGCUCCUCGCACGGCGAGGCCAAGGCCCCCGGGCAGCCCGCGGACAACAACGGCCGCCAGUGAGGCCGGGGGGCGCCGGGACCCCCCAGCACCGCGGGACACCCAGGGACCUCACUGAAUAAACACCCGGAUUUGACUUCAUUCCUUUCUUCGGAGGACUGGCGGGGUGGGACGGGGCGGGAGGGCUCGGCCAGCUGCAGUGGAGGUGCCGUGGCACUGCCCAGUCCAUCCAUUCCUUGGAGGCCAUGGCCGAGCUCCUGAUCUCCUCCUGAUCUCCUCUGUGCCCCGAGGGCUCCCACGGGCUGUGGGGAAGGAGAGAGCGAGGGAAGGCCCAGGCUGCCGUGUGCAGGGUGCUUUGGGGCUGUGCAGGAUGGAUGUUUGCCUUGCCUUUCCGAAAUCUUGCCCUGUGAUGAGCUGGAUGGAGGUCCUAGCAGAAGGAGCUAGAGGAGGGAUCAGAGACUGUGGUGUGGCCUGCUGGAAACCUUGUGGUGUCAUCCCCUCGCUGCUUCCCCUUCUUCCUCUCCGUGCUGGCGUUGGAUUCCUUGCCACAAGCAGCUGGAUGCUGGAGGUGACUCAGCCCUGGGACUGCCACCCAGCCCUGUGGAGCACGGGCUGUGUCCCACCAGGAGCUGUGGCUGGUAGGAGGGAGUGAGGUGUGGCUGCAGGAGGAGGUGCCACGGGUGGGCAGAGCGGUGACGGUCCCAGUGCUCAUGGGUGGGCAACAAGUGGGGCCAGGAGGGCUCCUGGCCACGAGCUGUGCCUUCCUACUCUUGUCCUGAGAUCCACACUCGGCUGCUGCUCUCGUGCAGCUCCCAGGUGCUGCUGCAGGGAGGUGUGGAGAGCAGCUCUGGAGCUCUUGGGGGCUCUCCUGUGGGUGGGUUUGUGCUGCCCAUGCUGCCCUGCCUGUGGCUGUGUGUGGGGAUGGACAGCCGUGUGGGGACACGUGUGGUCUGGUUUGCUGAGGUUUGCUGCCUCGUGCCUGCAGGACGAGGGUUAGUGGGGACAGAAGGGGGAUGCAGUUGUUGUGGGAGGCUCAAACAGGCCAGUGUGGGCUGCUGGAAGGAGCCAGCCAGCACCUGGAAGGGUGGCAGAGCUCUGAUUGCAGAGACACAUUCCUGAGGCCUGAGCUGAAGUCACCAGCGAGGUCUGAGAGCACGCAGUGAACUGAGAACCUGAAUGUGGGUUUUCUUUUUUUAAAAUAAGCUGCUUUUAGCCUUCAGCUAAGUAGACUCAUGAGAACAUUCCCAGAAGGAAGUCACUCCUCCAUUAAAAAUCAGAUGUGGCUUUGUAGACUUGAUUGCCUGAGUUUGGAGGAUGUCCAUCCUGUUCAAGCAGGUGGUGACACCUCCUACCCCAGGGAGAGACCAGCCUGCACCAAGUGCUGGGAUAGGAGCUCUGUCAAGUGGGAUUUGUCUGGAUUUCCCUGAGUUUGUGGCUUGUUAGUUUGUCCAGCUUCCUUUUGGCUCUGGAAUCAAGCUCCUCUGCCCUACAGCUGAGUGUGGAGCAGGUGUCUGGGAAAUGGAAGUGUCUGCUGUGUUCAGUGCAACGGUGCUGGUGGAGGGAGUGGGGCUGGGGUGGGAAGGGGAGCUUUUUCUGUCAUGACAGCUACUGUAUUUCAGUGAUAAAUGUGUGUUUCUGCUUGCCAAAGUCAGUUUUCUUUUCCUCACCACGUGUAAGGUUGUGGUUUGUAGUAGAGCUGGCCAGUCUCGCUCUGUAGAGGACACUAAUGCUCUCAUCUCUGCCCAGUGCUUGUGUCACCCUCUGGUUCUGCUGUGCCCCACUGAGGACCUGGCUUGCUUGUCCCCCCACGGGGAGUCUGUGCCAUGGGCUGGGCCCUGCCUUCCCAAGGCUGGAGCAAAAUCUCCCUGCAGACAACAAUCACCCUGCUGUGCCAGGGCAGGGCUGGGCACCUCUGCCAUGGCAGGGGACCCUGGAUGUCACUGGGGACACUCCUGCCUCCCGCCUUCCCCUGGGGGAAGUGGCUGUGCUGCAGCCAGGCACAAUCCUUUAGGGACAAGUGAGGCUCCUUUGGGAGCUCUUGGGGAUAGCAAACUGUUCUUCUGCUAAGGGGAACUGAGCACAGCAGUGCCCUUACAAUCUUCUUCAGCUUCCCUUCAGCUCCCUCCUUGCCUUUAUUCCUUUAUUCCCCUGGAUUGUAGGCCAUGUGGAAGGAAAGAAACCCCCUGGAUGGAGAUGUCUCUGCAUUCCAGGAGUGUUUUUUUCCUGCCUGGUUGGGUGUGAGAUCAUUGCCUGGCUGGAAGGAGGUGGCUGUUCAACAUGUGCUCAUCACUCCUGGAGGGUUCCUUUGGAAAAGGUGCAUGAGCCUAUACAUUGAUUGAGCCUAAACAUUGAUUGAUCUUAUACAUUGAUUGAGCCUAAACAUUGAUUGAGCCUAAACAUUGAUUUGAGGCAUUUUUCCUACCCCAUGUCCCCGUGUGUGGAACCAGAAUUCAGAAGUGAUCCCCAUUUUUACUGAAUCUGAAGGACCAUUCAGCCUGUUAGCACUGGGCCCUGUGUUUGUGUGGGGUGGAGCAGAUGUGCUGGGCUCACUCCAGGACAAGGUACUCCAGAGCAGUGUUCUGUUAGCAUGUCAAGGGGCAGUCCUGUCCCCCUGAGCUGGUGGUUCUGUGCUGGACUUGGCUCAUUCCCUCCCUCCCAGGCAGAGGGGACUGGGCAAGUACCAAACCAAGCAGUGCAAGUUGUAAUUAAGCCUCUGCUGUGUUUACAUGUUUCUUAAUUCGUCGUCUUUUCAAUGGCUGUAUUUUAAAACUUGGGUUUUUUUGUCUCUCCAAUUAAAAAGAGCCAGCCCUGGCUGUCAGAUGCUGUGCAUGAGUUUGUCUGAUGUU